AGGAGAGAGAGAAAGAGAGAGAGGAGCGAAUUGUGUCAAGUUGCCGAGUGUGUGCUGUCACUUGGCGGUGCUUCGUUCCACCCGCUAUAUAUCGGUAGCGUAUUUUGUAGAGGCGAAACUCUCUCGGAUUUACAAGGAGCUGUGUUUAAUUGAAAAUAGGAAAUGGCGGACACGACUGUAGACGCUACACGCCGCUUAAACGUGAAAAAACAAACCCUGGACGACGCUUACGCGGCGCCAGCGAACUUUCUUGAAAUCGACGUGAUUAAUCCGAUUACGCACGGAGUCGGCAAGAAACGAUACACGGAUUACGAGGUUCGCAUGAGGACAAAUUUACCUGUCUUUAAAGUGAAAGACUCAACUGUCAGGAGACGAUAUAGUGAUUUUGAAUGGCUGAGAAAUGAAUUAGAAAGAGAUAGUAAGAUUGUAGUUCCACCUUUACCAGGAAAAGCAUGGAAGCGUCAAAUGCCUUUUCGUGGUGAUGAUGGCAUAUUUGAAGAAGACUUUAUUGAAGAUCGAAGAAAAGGCUUAGAAGUUUUUGUUAAUAAAAUAGCCGGACAUCCUUUGGCACAGAAUGAAAGAUGUUUACACAUGUUUCUACAGGAACCGGUAAUAGACAAGAACUAUGUACCUGGGAAAAUACGUAAUACAUAAGUCGCCAUAAGAAAUUAUUGCAAAUAUCUUUUCCACCAAGCCUUCUACAUUCGAAGUUUCCAUUGACAUCUUUUUUGGAAGUCAUUAUCAUACUUCUAUACUUUUGCAAAAGCUAAAGAUUUCCAGUGCUGUGCGAUAUCAGAUCAAGUCGCUUAUUUGAAAACAUCCACUUCUAUAUAUAGUUUAAUCUUUGAAUAUUGCUACUCUAUUCUACACGAAAAGUAUAGGUAAGCGUCUCUUUAUAAGAAAAUAAAUAAUAAAUUGGCAAAAUCAUUCUUGUUAUUAUAGGUUGAUUCUGUCUAUUGUUAUAAUAAUACUGUUUAUAACAAAGGAGAUAAGUAAAAUAAAAAAAAAUGUUAUUAUUCGUAAGAA